AAAAAAAAACUGUUACUGGCAAUGCACUCCAUAUGUGUGCCAUAAAUAUAAUAGGUACAAGUUGUGCUACAUCUCUCGCUUUUUUGUCAAACAGUUCCAGCAUAUUUGUGGGAAGGCCCACCCUUGAGGUCUCGUCGUUGUGUCUCGCAUGUUGCUAUGCCAUUUCUCUCGCCUUUUGGGUCCUUUGUUUCCCUCACUCAGCCAUCGUUGGGGACGCUUCAUUCAUCCAAUUCUGUGCGGUUGUUAUAGAGAUAUGACUGUUUUUGUGUUAGGGAUGCUGUGCAAUGUUUUUGUGCAUACCUCGUGACUGGGUGAUCAGUGUUUUUUGUUGAUCCCCCCAGCCGAUGUUGUUCAGGCGACUCUCCUCUCCCCACCUUUGAGGACUUGAGAUAGUCUCUCACGCGUUUCUCUGCCGUUCCUCUCGCUUUUUGGGCAGUUUCUUCCCCUCGCUUUAC